CAUCUGAUUUCCCUCUUUAAUGCAUUGACCUAUUCACCUUUUAUGUCUGAAUGAACAUUAAUACUAUUAAAUCAAAUAAUAUGUAAAAUCAAAAUAAUAAUCGUUCCCUGUCGAUUACAAGCAAUUGUACUUAAGAUUCAUCAAGGGUUAAAAAACUCAUAUGUCCAAUGUUAAAAGGACACGAGGAGAAAAAAAAAUAUUUUGCUAAAAAACCAUAUAUACAUGGAUCGACAUGAAAGAAAUGUUCACAUGAUGAAGUGCGAAAUGAAAGGCAUAUAUCUGUGCUUCUUACUUUGGAAUAUUACAACAGGUAGCAAUACGUCUUGUUUGAACUGUGUGUGUGCGUACAAUGAGGACCUUUCUGGGAUUCGGGAUUCCCAGAUCCGGUUUUCUUUGUAUGGUUUGAUAUCUUCCUUCUGCACACAGGCAGGAUGUCGAACCGCUGGAGCCGAGGAUACUAAUCUGAUCUCCGAUUGCUCGUCUAAUUCACAGUCAAAGACACCUGCAUGCGUGGUAUGUGACGGAACUCUCACGUUUUCGUCAAAGUCAGCACCAGAGGCUGUGCAGAGGUUGAUUCAAGUAACGUCAUCACGUCAUGCAAACAAUAUACAAAAACCGAUUGGACGACUCUACCGUUGUUCCAGAGAUUAUCAACUUUUCAGGAAGCUUCCAAUGAGGGUUUUUACAGCGGUUCUGUCUGUUACAACGUCUUAGCAAAGUAUUCAAAGGGACUUUCAGUACAUCAAAACUGUAAAUAUUUUGAAGUCGUUCAAUUUUUUGUUUUGAAUGUAUUGUUUUUUAAAAUGCUUUAAAUUAUCAUAUCAUUUACUUUGAUGUUAAGUAAUGUUUUAAGAUAUAUGUAAGGACAUUUCGAAUUUAACUAACAUAAACAAAUGCUCGUCAAGAAGAACGUUUAUGGAACCUAUGUAAAAGCCAACCAUACUGGCGUAAAUCACAGUAUAAAACAUGUUAAAUAUAAUGUUCAGGUUGUUGAUUUUGUUAAUUUUAUACAAUCUUUAAUAUUUAAAUAAGGUUAGCGUGAGUUAUCCCUCUUUGUCGAUUUUUUUUUCUACGAAACAUAUCUUUAAACUAUGUAUAAUGUAUUAAAUGGACGUCUAAUCCCCGUAUGUUUUGCCGUUUUAGUAGAUGAUGUAUUUCAACCUCAAAUGUAUCUUUAUCAAAAGAUGCAGUCAUCAACUUGAACAACAACAACAACAACAACAAAUUUAGUUUUCGCUCAUCAGAACAAAACAAUGCUAAUGACACUUUUUAAAUCUAACAAGUCACCUAGAGUAGAAUCUAGUAUAAUGAGACUAAUCAUAAUAUAAUUAUGUAUCCAUUUAAAAUACAAUUGCUAUACGUUUUAUUAGCUGUAAAUGGUUUGCUUAUUCCAAAACAAAUUUUCUCUAAUAUGGUUAUAACAUAAGUUAUGAAUGAACACAAUUUUCAAAUUAUCUUUAUUUCAAAUUAUGUUAUCAAAACACACAAAACAGAAAAGAUAUUGUUUAAUUAAUCGAUAAUUCAGUCACAUCUAGUCGUAGAAAAUCCUAUGAUUGUCGAAUAUGAAAAUAAUCAUGUCAUUUAAUGAAUAAAAGUACAAAUACAUUAAUGUUCCUGCUUUUUAUCAUAUUUCAACAACAAAUAUUUCAAAAAAAUAAAUAAAAUAAGAAAAAAUGUGAGAAAAUGUUUAUUAUGAUCCAGAAAUGUAAAAUGCUUAAUUAUGUUAAGAUAAUUACCAAUGUACGAAGAAAUGGUAAGAUAAAUUGUAUGUGUAGU